CUUAGAAGCAGGUGAUCAAUCUUGAGAGGAUAGAAUGAAGAUUAGCAUGCUCAAGAAGACAUUAACUUAUGAACUCUUACAGGCCCUCAUAAGUAUAAAUGAAGACUCAACUUAUGAAGGUUUCUGCACACAGCUCCGGGCAUUGAACAACCGUCUUAUCAAGCUCAAGAGUAUACAGAACAGUGGCAGAAGACAUUACAUCUCAGCGACUUAUACACCUGCACUGACAGAUAACCCAGUCACUCAUACACCCACACUGAAGAACAACCAUGAUGCAGAUGCCAUGGACUGA